GAGAAGACAGCGGAGAGAGAGGAAGAGGGGCGGGGGGAGCGUGUCUGGGACGUCGGCUUACGUCACGGUGACGUCACGGCGGAGCUGCCGUAUCCCGGCAGGCUGUGCGCGGGCAGGAAAGGAGCCUGAUACAAUGAAGCUGUACUGCUUGUCGGGGCAUCCCACCCUGCCAUGUAACAUCCUGAAGUUCAAGACCACGACCAUCAUGCUGGACUGCGGCCUGGACAUGACGUCUGCGCUCAACUUCCUCCCGCUGCCCCUGGUGCACAGCACUCGUCUGUCCAAAUUACCUGGCUGGAUCUCGAAAGAUGGAAAUACCCAGUUUGAGAAGGAGGUGAAGGAGUGCUCAGGACGCGUGUUUGUAGACUCGGUGCCGGAGUUCUGUCUCCCAGAGACGCAGCUCAUAGAUCUGUCUACUGUAGAUGUGAUCCUAAUCUCUAACUAUCACUGUAUGAUGGCGCUGCCGUACAUCACCGAGCACACCGGCUUUACUGGCACCGUGUACGCCACCGAGCCCACCGUACAGAUUGGCAGGUUACUCAUGGAAGAACUGGUUAAUUUUAUAGAGCGGGUUCCGAAGGCGCAGUCUGCCACCUUGUGGAAGCAGAAGGAAAAUCAGAGGCAGCUCCCGGCCCCCCUGAAGGACGCGGUGGAGGUUUUCACGUGGCGCAAAUGUUACACGAUGCAGGAGGUGAACGCUGCGCUCAGCAAGAUCCAGCUGGUUGGGUAUUCCCAAAAAAUAGAACUGUUUGGCGCCGUCCAGGUGACGCCGCUCAGUUCCGGUUACGCUCUCGGCAGUUCCAACUGGAUCAUUCAAUCCCAUCAUGAAAAAUUUUCCUACGUAUCCGGAUCUUCGCUACUAACUACCCACCCACAGCCAAUGGAUCAAACCUCUCUUAAAAACAGCGACGUCCUCAUCCUCACCGGUCUCACCCAGAUCCCCACCGCCAAUCCCGACGGAAUGGUGGGCGAGUUCUGCAGUAAUCUGGCGAUGACGAUACGUAACGGCGGUAACGUCCUGGUGCCCUGUUAUCCAUCUGGCGUCAUCUACGACCUCCUGGAGUGUCUGUACCAGUACAUCGACUCUGCCGGACUCUCCAAUGUCCCCUUCUACUUCAUCUCUCCUGUGGCCAACAGCUCCCUGGAGUUCUCUCAGAUCUUUGCCGAGUGGCUAUGUCACAACAAGCAGACUAAGGUCUAUCUCCCAGAACCUCCAUUUCCGCACGCAGAGUUGAUCCAGACCAAUAAGCUGAAGCAUUAUCCCAGCAUCCACGGCGACUUCAGCAAUGACUUCAAGCAGCCGUGCGUCGUGUUCACCGGUCACCCCACCCUGCGCUUCGGAGACGUGGUCCACUUCAUGGAGCUGUGGGGGAAGUCCAGUCUGAACACCAUCAUCUUCACCGAGCCGGACUUCUCUUACCUGGACGCCCUGGCCCCGUACCAGCCGCUGGCCAUGAAAUGCGUCUAUUGUCCCAUUGACACCAGACUCAACUUCAUCCAGGUGUCAAAACUUCUCAAGGAGGUCCAGCCCCUGCAUGUUGUGUGCCCUGAACAAUACACGCAGCCGCCGGCGUCCCAGUCCCACCGCUCCGACCUCAUGAUCGACAGCCUACCCCCUCCUAUGUCCUACCGCCGGGCGGAUGUGCUGACCCUCCCCUUCAAGAGGCGCUAUGAGAAGAUAGAAAUCAUGCCGGAGCUGGCGGAGUCCCUGGUGCCGAUGGAGAUUAAACCCGGAGUUUCCCUGGCGACCGUUUCUGCCGUCCUCUAUACCAAAGACAACAAACAUGUCUUGCAGCCUCCACCUAAGCCUGCACCGCCCGCCCAGUCCAGCAAGAAGCGGAAACGGGUGACUGAGGAGACCCCCGACACCCAGCUCUUCAAGCCCCUGCUAAGCGGCUCCAUCCCUGUAGAACAGUUCGUGCAAACUCUGGAGAAACACGGUUUCUCAGACGUGAAGAUUGAAGACACCCCCAAGGGUCACAUGGUGCACUUACAGGAGGCGGACACUCUCAUCCAGUUCGAGGAGGACUCCACCCACAUCAUCUGCGAACACGACGAGCGGCUGAGGGUCCGACUCCGCGACCUGGUCCUCAAAUUCCUGCAAAAGUUUUAGAUAUAAUCCGCCAUGUGGAGAAGAUGCAGUUCUGGUGGUGGCCAGCAGGGGGUGCUGUGUGAUUACACUGGAAGCAGCUGGAUGGACCAAUGUAUACCAGUGUUUCUCAACAAGGGUGCCUACAGCUGUUGCAAAACUACUACUCCCAGCAUGCCCGGACAGCCAAAGCCUGUCCGGGCAUGCUGGGAGUUGUAGUUUUGCAACAGCUGGAGGCACUUUGCUUGGGAAGCAAAGAUGCAGCCUAUAGAUGAAGUGUGAAAUAUGUCCUCUGUGUACAGCUCAUGUAGAAUAUU